AUGCUGACCCAUCUCCUCCAAAAACUAAGCCAUAAACCACCCACCGCCGUCCUCCUCCGCCGAAAAACCACCUCAGCUGAAUACGUAGCCUCAAGAAACCGAGAUCCCACUUUCGAAAAACUCAUGGACAAGUACAAAAACCUCUUCAAAGUAAUCGCAAUUCAAGACCUCAUCCUCGGUACAACCACCAACGCCGCCGCACCUCCCUCCGUCUCCCUCGAUUUCCUCAACCGCCUAUCCCAGCGCCUCCAUCUCAACCGCGGCGCCACCCAUUUCCUCCGUAAGUACCCCCACAUCUUCAACAUUUUCCACCACCCUAUCAAAUUACAACCUUAUUGUACACUGACGGAAACCGCCCUCAAAAUCACCCAACAAGAGGCUACAGCUAUCAAUUCUACUUUACCACUUGUAGUAACCCGUUUGGUGCGUUUGUUGUCGAUGUCAGUGACUAAAUCAUUGCCCCUUAGAGCCAUUUUCAAGGUUUUUAGGGAACUUGGGUUGCCUGAUGAUUUUGAGGAAAGUGUAAUCUUGAAAAAAUCUGAUCUUUUUGCACUUGUUGAUAGUGGGAAUGAACCAAACACUCAUUUGUUGAAACUUGUUGGGGAUAUACCAAAGGGGGAGUUAGUGGCUGCUGUUGAUAAUUGGAGGGUAGUGGAAUGUUGUAAAGAGGAUUGUGGGGUUGAUAGGAAUGAGAUUUUGUAUAGUUUUAAGCAUAAUUAUCCACCAGGGAUGAAGUUGAAGAGGAGUUUUAAGGCAAAGGUAAAAGAAUGGCAACGGUUGAAGUAUGUGGGGCCGUAUGAAGCUGUGGAGAUUGGAAAGAAGAGGAAAAAUAAGAUUGGGAUGAUGGAGAUGGAGAAGAGGGCAGUUGGUAUUGUCCACGAGUUUUUGAGUUUGACAGUUGAGAAAAUGGUUGAGGUAGAGAAGAUUAGUCAUUUUAGAAAGUGGUUUGGGAUUGAUUUGAAUGUAAGGGACUUAUUUUUGGAUCAUCCAGGGAUAUUUUAUCUUUCGACGAAAGGGUAUAGGCAUACAGUUUUUUUGAGGGAGGCUUAUGAAAGAGGAUGCUUGAUUGAACCAAAUCCAGUGUAUGAGGCUAGGAGGAAGCUUCUUGAUCUUGUUAUUUUGGGACGGCGAGGGUUGUCUAGAGGUCAUUCCGAGCCAACAGGUGUGAGCCAGGGGGAAGAUGGUUUCACUGAGGAGGUGAAGACUGAUUCAGAUGAAGAUUAGUUUACCUAUAGCUUGCAUCCGUACCAUAAAUGCAGGAAGCUUUGCUAUUGCUAAAGGCCUGAUGGAAAGGAUCACAGAAGUCAAGAGGCUUGAACAAAUUCUUAGCAAAUGAAAUUAGAGGUAAGGAUUGAGAACACAAGUUAUAUAUUGUUCAUUUUAUCAGGGAGAUGGGUCAUGUGUGACAUUCAAAUUGUUGUCAGCGGGAAUGAAUUAUCCGCCAAUUAGCAUAGAGAUCUGCCUCUGAGGAAAAGGCCGAGUCUCCUUUUACAAUUAUAACAGUGCUGUAUGACGGAUGACCUGUGCAAGUGAAUGUUUGGUUGAUAACCUAAGAGAGUUGUUUUGAUCUUUGGCUGAAGCACAGGCUGUAAUGUUUGCAGUGUCCGGUUUUCUGAACUUUGCGCGACUCUUUUCAGUUGUUGCAAAUCUACUUUGCCAAUGUAGAUACCAGCUCCACUUGUAAAUGCUGGAAGAAGUUGUUGUGAAGGUGGGAAAGCCAGCGAAGGGGAUCUGAGCAUUCAGAUGGAUGCUUGAAUUCAGUUUCUAAAAUGUAGACAGGACAAGUUUCAUUGUGUAUCUCACUUUGGUCACAAAAUAAUCACUGUUGGGUGUUAAUCUCUGCAAGUUGUGUUGUACUUUACUAACAAAUCCCACAAAAUCCAGUAGAGACAAAAAAACCUUAGUUGUUUUUGCCCAUCUGCCUUAGUGUUGUUUGAUAGAAUUACCCAGUCUCCUUGCUGGCAGGAGAUAGCAGGUACCAAGUGAAAUAGUCGAGAUGCAAUCUGGAUACCACGUUUAUUGAAAAAAGAAACUCUUUGUGGAUCCUUCAUUCAUCCUUGUGUAUGAGUUGAGUCAGACGAGUGAGUUGAAAGCUGAUAUUAGUUGAAGAAGAAUGUAAACUAUAUUUUUGGAAUUUAGUUUGAAAUAAUGCACCAUUUGAUAUAAAUGA